CGAGGGAGAAAUGAAGGGAUUAAUCCGAGGCUUGGGAAACUUGGCUGCGACCAGGGAGGUCCCGCCACGCACUCUCUGAGCCCGUGGCGCUGCACUCCAGGCCGGUGCCCCGCUGCUGAUGGCAGGGGAGGGGAUCCCCUGAGGCGCGGCAGGGCUCGCUGCAUGGUCCCCCGGGGCGCGGGGCAUGCUCUGCGCCCGGCCCGCCUCGCCUAGCGCCGGCCGCUGUGACCUGUUCGCCGGGGCAGUAAUGCGCGCCGGGCAGCCCGGGCUCGCUGCCUCCCGCCGGCCAGGCAGCUGCGACUCCAGCUGCGGCCGCUGCUAGCUCGGCGGGCUCUGCCGUCCCCAGCUGUAGCACAACCCCACCUCCAGCUGCAGCCACUAUGCCCCGGAGACGGGGGCUCUCUUCCCCCAGCGCCGCCUGCCUCUUCAUCCUCUCCUCCCUGCUCCACCACCUCAGGGGUCUCAAUAUUUGCACAAGUGGAAGUGCUACUUCCUGUGAAGAGUGCCUGCUCAUUCAUCCAAAAUGCGCUUGGUGCUCCAAAGAGGAAUUUGGCAGCACAAAAUUCAUCACAUCGAGGUGCGACUUCGUAGAAAACCUGAUUACGAAUGGCUGUGCAGGGGAACUUGAGACUCCCAAAAGCAGCAUUAACAUAGUGGAGAAUCUUCCUCUAAGUAGCAAGGGCUCUAGCUUGACCCUUUCGGAUGUUACACAAAUAAUGCCUCAGAAGAUCUCGUUGAAUCUGCGGCCUGGUGACAAGACCUCCUUCCGAGUGCAGGUUCGUCAGGUAGAAGACUAUCCUGUGGAUUUGUAUUACUUGAUGGAUCUCUCGCUAUCCAUGAAGGAUGACCUGGAUAACAUUCGGAAUCUGGGAACCAAGCUGGCUGAGGAGAUGAGGAAGCUCACCAGCAAUUUCCGGCUGGGGUUUGGGUCAUUUGUUGACAAAAAUAUUUCUCCUUUCUCCUACACAGCUCCGCGAUAUCAAAACAAUCCCUGCAUUGGUUACAAGUUAUUUCCACACUGUGUCCCAUCUUUUGGAUUCCGCCAUCUCUUGUCCCUCACGGAUAAAGUGGACCGUUUCAAUGAAGAAGUUCAGAAACAGAAGGUUUCCCGGAACAGAGAUGCUCCAGAAGGUGGCUUUGAUGCAAUCCUGCAGGCUUCUGUGUGCAAGGAAAAGAUUGGCUGGCGGAAAGAGGCCUCUCACUUGCUGGUCUUUACAACGGAUGAUGUGCCACACAUAGCACUGGAUGGGAAGUUAGGUGGGCUGGUCCAGCCACAUGAUGGCCAGUGUCACCUGAAUGAGGCGAAUGAAUACAGUGCGUCCAACCAGCUGGAUUAUCCUUCCCUGGCACUUCUUGGGGAGAAACUGGCUGAAAACAACAUUCACCUCAUUUUUGCUGUGACAAAAGCUCAUUAUAUCCUUUACAAGAAUUUUACAGCACUAAUUCCCGGAACGACAGUGGAGAUUUUACAUCAAGACUCCAACAACAUUAUCCAGCUGAUAGUCAAGGCAUACAAUAGUAUUCGGUCUAAAGUAGAACUGACCGUUUGGGACAAUCCUGAGGAUGUCAGCCUGACCUUCACAGCUACGUGCCAAGACGGUUUGUUGUAUCCUGGACUCAGGAAGUGUGCAGAUCUCCAAAUCGGAGACACAGUUUCCUUUGAGGUGUCUGUCGAAGCUCGGAGCUGCCCUGCCGAGAACACCUCGCACACUUUCACCAUAAAGCCAGCUGGGUUCCGGGACACUCUGGAGGUGGAGGUUGCUUACAACUGCACUUGUGGAUGUACGAAGCAGAUGGAACGGAACAGCAGCAAGUGCAGUGGGAAUGGGACUUACACAUGUGGAUUAUGUGAAUGUGACUCAGGCUAUUUGGGAUCCAAGUGUGAAUGUGAAGAGGGAGAGAGCGGGAACAUGUAUCAGAACAUGUGCCGGGAGGCUGAAGGCAAACCUGUCUGCAGUGGCAGGGGGGAAUGCAGCUGCAACCAGUGCAUCUGCUACAAGAGUGAGUUUGGAAGGAUCUACGGGUUGUUCUGUGAGUGCAAUGACUUCUCCUGUGCCAGAUACAAGGGUGUCCUCUGUUCAGGCCAUGGAGAGUGUCACUGUGGGGAGUGCAAGUGCCAUGCUGGUUACAUCGGAGACAACUGCAACUGCUCGACGGAGACUAACCGUUGCAUUUCGAAUGACAGUCAGAUGUGCAGCGGCAGAGGCAACUGUGUCUGUGGGAAAUGCCAAUGCACCGAGCCCGGAGCCUUUGGAGAGACAUGCGAGAAAUGUCCUACCUGCCCAGGUGCCUGCAGCACUAAAAGGGACUGCAUUGAGUGCAUGUUACAUAACUCAGGAGGACUGGCUGAUAACCAAACCUGCCCAAAACACUGCAAGGAUGAGAUCAUUACACGUGUGGAUGUCCUCAAAACAGAUGACCAGCACUCGGUCCUGUGUGUCUACCCCAUGAAUGACUGUGUGAUGAAGUUCACCUACUCGGAACUUCCCAGUGGAAAGUCCAAUCUCACCGUCCUCAAAAAGCCAGAGUGUGGUUCUGCACCCAACGCCCUGACCAUCUUGCUGGCCGUGGUGGGCAGCAUCUUACUGAUAGGAAUUGUACUUCUGGUUGUCUGGAAGCUGCUUGUCACCAUUCACGACAGACGGGAGUUUGCCAGAUUCCAGAGCGAACGCUCCCGGGCGAGAUAUGAAAUGGCAUCCAAUCCUCUUUACCGAAAGCCUAUUUCUACGCAUAGCUUAGAUUUCACAUUCAACAAGCUAAGUAAGUCCUAUAAUGGCACAAUUGAUUGACUGCAUAUGAGAAAUCUGACGCAACCAGAACUGGAGUGCUGUGGACAAUUGCUUGACUUUGUGCUGCUUCCUGAAUUGAAGCUGGAAUCCUUUUCAGUGGAGAAUACCUUUAAAGCAAGACUGAUCAUUGACAGAAGGCUGUUAUUUGCACAGUAAAGACAAGUGGCUCAGCAGGGCAUGUGCUGUAUGAUUCCUGGACACAAAGACAUGCUCCUGGGCUCAUUGACUCUGAGAGGUGCGGAACUCUUCAUACCCCAGCUUUUUGGAUACCUUAAACCCUCCAGCUCAGCGAAACAAGUGCCAUAUUGCAGCUUCAGACAUAUACCAGUAGAAGAGGAGACUAGGCCAAAUUCAGGGGAGACCUUGCCAUUGCAAGUCUUUAGGGGAAAAUUAGCUUAAACGGGGUGUUGGAAGCAGUUGUGUAAAAAACUAGGACCCAGGUGUUCUGCAGUCUUUAGAAUCUUUUUUUAUAUUAAAAAAAUAAAACUGUUGUGCAUAUA